AGGCGCAGCGCAGACCCAGACUGCAGACGCCGGGCCUUUCCUCCCCGCCCCGCCUCCCCCGGGGCGCCCGCCUCACCUCUCGCUCUACUGCCGUCAACCUGUCGGGCCGGGCCGGGCAGGUCUGGGGGAGGGCGGGGCGCCCUAGGCCGGCAUCUCCUCUCCGUCUCCACCCCCGACCCGACGCGGAGGCCUCGCCGAGCUGGGCCGCGGGGUGCCCAAGGCCGGGAAGCCGGGGGUCCCUGGGGGGCGACCCCCACGACGAGGGAGACUCUUGCCGCCGGCUGUCAGAAGCCCACCCCGCAGCGGCCAGCCGGGGGGCCUCCCGGCGGGAGGGGGCGGGGGCGGGGGCGAUGCCGCCUGGCGCCCGCUGAGGCCCCACCAUGGCCCGCUCGCUGACCUGGCGCUGCUUCCCCUGGUGCCUGACCGAGGACGAGAAGUCGGCGGCCCGGAUCGACCAGGAAAUCAACAAGAUCCUCCUGGAGCAGAAGAAGCGGGACCGAGGGGAGCUGAAGCUGCUGCUGCUGGGCCCUGGCGAGAGCGGGAAGAGCACAUUCAUCAAGCAGAUGCGCAUCAUCCAUGGGGCGGGCUACUCGGAGGAGGAACGCAAGAGCUUCCGGACCCUGGUCUACCAGAACAUCUUCGUGUCCAUGCAGACCAUGAUUGAGGCUAUGGAACGACUGCAGAUCCCCUUCAGCUGGCCCGAGAGCAAGCACCGGGCCAACCUGAUCAUGAGCCAGGACCCCUACAAGGUGACCACCUUCGAGAAGCACCACGCCGUGGCCAUGCAGUGGUUGUGGAGGGACUCCGGCAUCCGCGCCUGCUACGAGCGCCGGCGUGAUUUCCACCUGCUCGACUCGGCGGUGUACUACCUGUCAAAUCUGGACCGCAUCAUGGAGGCGGGCUACAUCCCUACCUCGCAGGACGUGCUCCGCAGCCGCAUGCCCACCACCGGCAUCAACGAGUACUGCUUCUCCGUGCAGAAAACCAACCUGCGGAUCGUGGACGUCGGAGGCCAGAAGUCAGAACGCAAGAAGUGGAUCCACUGCUUCGAGAAUGUGAUCGCCCUCAUCUACCUGGCCUCGCUGAGUGAAUACGACCAGUGUCUGGAGGAAAACAACCAAGAGAACCGAAUGAAGGAGAGCCUGGCCCUGUUUGGCACCAUCCUGGAACUGCCCUGGUUCAAAAGCACUUCCGUCAUCCUCUUCCUCAACAAAACCGACAUCCUGGAGGAAAAGAUCCCCACCUCCCACCUGGCUACCUACUUCCCCAGUUUCCAGGGCCCGAAGCAGGACACGGAGGCAGCCAAGAAGUUCAUCCUGGACAUGUACACCGGCAUGUACACCAGCUGCGUGGACGGCGCAGACGGGAGCAGGAAGGGCUCGCACUCCCGCCGCUUCUUCAGCCACUACACGUGUGCUACGGACACACAGAACAUCCGCAAGGUCUUCAAGGACGUGCGGGACUCAGUCCUGGCCCGCUACCUGGACGAGAUCAACCUGCUGUGACCUAGGCCCAACGCUCCGGACUCAGACCCGCGCGUGGCAGGCGGGACCUGCGGGCGGUGGGUGCGGGGUGGGCCAGCGCUCAGCGAACCCAGGUGCCCCUUGUCACUCCAGCCCCAGGCCCAGGUGGCAGAAGGGCCACGAGUGAGCCGGGGUGGAAGGCCGAUCGGCGCCUCCUCCUUUCUCCGCCCCUCAGCAGGACAGCCUCUGUGUCCUCCUUUCCUUGACUCACUGUAUCUCCUUGGAGAGGGAACACAAUGGCCUUUUGGGAGGCCGGGGCGCAGGAAAAGGUGAAGAGAGCAGGGGAUCCAGGACUUGGGUGGAUGGGGUUCUCUCAGGACCCCCACCUCCAGGUAUGUUCACCCUUGGGCAGGGGUCUGGGACCCUUUUGGGGGUGAUGCACCAGCCCCGGGACAGGGGAGUGGUCCUUCAUGCCGAGGGACGCGGACUCUGGCGCCCCCUAGCGAAAAGGAGCCGCAUCCCAGCCUGAGGUCUGCGUAGCUCAGGGACUUGCGUUUUCUUACGGAGAAAGACGCCCAGAAAACGCCGCCGUAUCAGAGCCUCCUGGUUCGAAGUGUGUCCUGCCCCAGUUUUCAGAUGAAGGAAACCGAAGUCUACAGGCAUCCCCCGCCCCCGUUCCUUACCAGGCUGGGGGCCGGGCGUGCUGCAUCUUACAACCUUCUGUAUUUAUUACCUCACCUUCUGCGGGGCCCCUUGAAGGGUGGACAUUAAAGAAAUGACAUUCUGG